AUGGGGAAGGGCCGCAGCUGCAGGUACGGAUCAGAGCGGCUGCUCUACCCCGUCCAGGCCAGCGGUCACCACGUCGCCGGCGCCGCCGAUCACCUCGCCGACCUCGACGAGGAGGACGUCUGGUCGGUGCUCGCGGCGCCUGCGCCCGACUCCAACCGCUCCACCGGCAGCGCCAGGCAACCUGAGCAGGACCGUCGCGGGCGGUGGACCGCAGGGGGGCUGUCGCUGGCGUUCGAGGCAACGGCGUCCACGCCGGCCGGGCGCCACAAUCAUCACGUGGCGAGCUCGGCGCCUGUCAGGGUGCCCGAGUGGCCGGCGGCCAGGUUCCCGGCUGGGUCUGGCGGCGAACAGCACGGCUACGGCGUGAGCUGCCGUGAGGAGGAGGGGGAGUGGAUGGCGCCGCACGAGUACCUGCAGGCCCAGGCACGGAGCAGCGGGCGCGGCACGGCUGCGCCGUCGGUGUUCGAGGGCGUGGGGAGGACGCUGAAAGGGCGCGACCUCAGCCGGGUGCGCGACGCCGUCUGGAGCAACACCGGAUUCUUCGGCUAA